AGCGAAGCGAGCGAGAGCGGAGAAGGAUCAAUCGAGAGGUACAGCGAUAACAAAUAAAAGCUCGACCCACCUGAAUCAUUGAUGAAUGCCGACAGGCGAAUCGAAAGCCGUCGGGCUUGGGCUGCAGGUAUAACUUGAAGUCGUCGUCGUCGCUGUUGUUGUUGUUGUUGUUGCUCGAGGCCCGUCGAAGGCAGCAGCCCGUCGACUCGCUGCACAUCCGCAAGAGAGAGAGAGAGAGAGAGAGAGAGAGAGAUAGCAGAGCUGCCGUCCUGUGCCGCUGCUUCGUCGUGUCCGCGGGAGAAGGACAGUCAAGGUUCCGGGCACUAUAUGCGUCCGCGAUUGUUUAGGUCUGAUGGAAAGAGCGCAGGGAUCCUCCAAGUGCGGCGAAUGGGCGCCAUGUUCGGCGGCGGAUGCAUGCGCGGGGAGCCGCUGCGCCUCCUCUCCGUCGAUCGAUUUUCUUUCGGCCGCUAGGCUGCGUCUACAAUUGACCGACUUCGGUCAAGCGAACGUAUACGGUCGUGAAUUCGAUGAUGCUGCCACCACAGCUCAGUUUUUCACUGGUUCUCGACUAACAGACCUUAUGAAAAACUAACCUACGCGACAUUAUAUAUCAUAAAAGGCACGAUAUUUUGAAAACACAAAUUCAAAAUGUUUAAAAUUUACUAAAUGUAGUUACAAAAUUUUGUGAAAAAUGAAUAUAUAUAACUAAUACAGGGACAAAAAAAGCAUAAAAUAUAUAAUUUAAGCGAAAUAUUGUUUAUUGAUAAAAAAUACAAAGCUUACAUCAAGAUCUUGAUACUAAACAUCAAGAUGUUUGUAAGUCUAUAUAUAUAGCCUCUAUACACACAUAUGACACAUACACCAAUUUUGAUUCUAUACCGGUACAGCACAUAUAGUCUUUAUUGCCACACAAACAAACAAACACUUAAAUGGUUACCUCCAAAAUAAACUGCCAAUCAAUUUCCCAAAAUUUGUAUAUAUGGUAGUUAUAGAUGAUUGUAGCUUAUUCUGCAUUGAACAUGUUAUUCUGUAUGACUUGAUAUAUAUUCUGAAACAAAAUAUAUGAUUUUGUGGUGUAUAAUAUAAAUAAAUAUUCGUGGUAGCUUAUAAUAGAAAAUAUUUAAGAAUAUAUUUAAUAAUGGAUAGGGUCAUUGUACGUAAUGCCAUGAAUUUGUGGAUCAACGUUUAUAAUAUAAUCAGUAUUUUUUUGCAAAUUUGUUUAAGGAAAUGUAACAUUCGUCGGUGGUGGGUAAAACCCCAUUUGCGCAAUGAUUUGAGGGAUGAAUACGGAGCUUAUAACUGUAUUUUUAGAUACUUUAAACUAAAUGACGAAGAAGAAUUUCAAAAAUUUGUCAGUAUGACAAGUGAACAAUUUGAUGAAAUUCUUGAACUUGUAAGACCACAGUUAACAAAAAGAAGUAAGAGGCGAGCACUAACACCAGAAAUGCGUUUAGCUGCUGUGUUAAAUUUUCUUGCACAUGGUAAUAGCAUUCAGAAAAGCGCAUGGAUGUUUUUGAUUGGCAGAAGUACCAUGUAUCGAUUAGUCAUAGAAGUUUGUACAGCAAUAUGCAAUGUACUAGAAGAAAAGUAUGUCUCUUUUCCAUCACAGGAUGAUUUAUCAGUAAUUGCGAAUAUGUAUUGGAGAAUAUGGCACAUGCCUAAUUGCUUUGGUGCAAUAGAUGGAAAGCACAUACGAGUAAAAGCUCCACCAAACUCUGGUUCAUAUUUUUUUAACUAUAAGAAGCAUUUCAGUAUUGUACUGAUGGGACUAACUGAUGCCUUCUGUCGCUUUAUUUGGGUAAAUAUAGGUGAUUUUGGUUCGUCAAAUGAUGCAGGUAUUUUUCAGCGCAGUGACCUACGUCAAGCUUUGGAUAACGAAGAAAUUGAUAUACCAGCACCUACUUACUUACCUAGAACAGAUGUGCUAUGUCCAUACUUUAUCAUCGGUGAUGGAGCAUUUCCAUUAAAAAAUUAUUUAAUGAAGCCAUACACCAGAGCCAAUAAUCUGACACAUGAAGAAAAAAUAUUUAAUUAUCGUUUAUCUAGAGCUAGACUGACUAUUGAAAGAGCUUUUGGGAUUCUGACAAAGAAGUGGAGAAUAUUAGAGUCGCCAGUAGAUUGGAAACUAAAAAAUAUUGAGACUGUCAUAAUGGCACUAAUUUGUUUGCAUAAUUUUCUAAUCACUGAGGAAAUGAGUAAGGAUGAAGCUGAAAGGAAAUAUGUAUUUCAUCCUUAUAACAUAGAAAAUGAAGCUGAAAUCGGUAUCUAUUUAGGAGAUGAACCAGAGGAUGCAACGAGUAUAAGAAAUACUCUAAAAGAUUUUUUUUGUAGUCAUUUAGGAAGUUUGCUAUGGCAAAAUGAACGAGCAUUAUGAACGAUAGUAUAUAUAUUUAAAAGAAAUAUUAAGCAUGAACAAUUUCCUGCUAAGCUUAUUGUGUGUUAUAUAAUAAAAAUUUUGUAUUAAAA